UGAGGAAUAGUGGAGCCUCAAUUUCUGAUCUUUCUAUAGAGUGCUACCAGAACUUUUGCUACUGCCAUAGGUUCUUCCAGACUAAGAAGAUGGAAAGAAUCCUGUCUGCAGUUUUGAUUCUCCAUGGUCUCUUAGGAGCUAUUGCUCAGACAGACAUGAGUCGGCAAGUAAUGGUGUUCCCUAAAGAAUCAUCGGAUGCCCAUGUCCUCCUUAAGCCUCAGGAAAAGAAACCACUCACAAAUCUCACUGUGUGUCUGCGUGCCUACACUGAUCUCACCCGUACCUACAGUCUCUUCUCCUAUGCCACUAAGACCAAGGACAAUGAACUCCUCCUAUAUAAGUCCAAAGUUGAAGAGUACAAUUUUUACAUUGGGAAUGAAAAGGUUUCUUUCAGAGUCUUUCAGGACAUUUCUUCUCCCGUCCAUGUUUGUGUAAGUUGGGAGUCAACUUCAGGCAUAGCUGAACUGUGGAUAAAUGGGAAGCCCCAAGUGAGAAAAGGACUGAAGAAGGGAUAUUCUUUGGGAGCAGAGGCAAAGAUUGUCCUGGGGCAAGAACAAGAUUCCUUUGGAGGAAAUUUUGAUUUGCAGCAAUCCUUUAUAGGAGAAAUUGGAGACAUAGGUAUGUGGGAUUUUUCACUUUCCCCACAGCAGAUUAAAUCUUUGUACAAAGGUGAGACUUUGAGUGCCAAUAUACUAGACUGGAAAGCAUUGGAUUAUGAGAUAAAAGGUUAUGUGGUCAUCAAACCCCAAGUAUGGUCUUGAGGUUCUGGGCCAUUAGCAUGAUGGUAAAUAUAAGAGACCAACAAGUGGACAAUCCCCUCUCAAGGAGAUUAGAUCUCAUGUACCUAGAUCUCAGGUGCCCAUUGUACCUAGAUUUUGUACUAUCCAGUUGAAUAAUAAAGAAUUAAAUUACCUUUAA